GUGAUCAGUGCAUAUAAUUAAACCUCUCACUGUUUGCUUGAUAUUGAUAUUGAUGUUGUGAAUUGAUAAAUCAAUGCCUUGGAUUCUAAGCUUUACCUUUUUUUCUCCUUUGAUCAACUCAGCACCACAAUGGAACAGUUUGCGACAACAUUGUCUGAAUUAGCACAUAAAUUAGCAAGAAUAUUGUCGGAGAAAAUGGGAUAUAAGUCGAAAUAUUUCAGAGAAACAUGUUUGCCAAAUACUUGUUACCUUCGGAUGAAUAGAUAUCCAGCAUGCCCUCUUUCCCCACAAGUCUUUGGAUUAAUGCCACACACUGAUAGUGACUUCCUCACAAUAUUGCACCAAGAUGAAAUUGGAGGGUUGCAGUUAAUAAGAGAUGGAAAAUGGAUCUCUGUUAAGCCCAAUCCUCAAGCACUUAUCAUCAACAUUGGAGAUUUGUUUCAGGCCUGGAGCAAUGGUGUGUAUAAAAGUGUAGAGCACAGAGUUGUUACUAAUAAAGCAAAAGAGAGAUUCUCAACUGCAUUUUUCUUGUGUCCAUCCUAUGACACUGAAAUACGGAGUUGUUUUGAGCCUCCUGUUUAUAGAAGAUUCACGUUUAGAGAAUUCAGACAACAAGUCCAAGAGGAUGUCAAGAACUUUGGUUAUAAAGUAGGUCUGCCUAGGUUUCUUGUAUCAAGUCACUAAACUCAAAAAAGUUUGUAGUAAAAAUGCAUAUAUGGUCACAUUUGACCUUUUAAAUAGUUUAUAGGGAAAAAAAAGUAGUAUAUGUCAAUUUUUCUCUUUUUGAGUUUUAAUUUUUGUAUACUCCCCCAUAUAAGUAUUACCACUGUCACUCGUCUAGACAUGGAUGAACCUGGUUCUCCUGUGAACGAAACUAUGUACAGAGGCAUCAUUGGUCCA